CACACACACAUACACACACACACACACACACAGAGAGAAACACUCCAUGUCAAAUUCAAUGAUUAACUGCAAAGAUAAAGAGAAGGCAGUGCUGAGAAGGCAAAAAGGAAGAUCUAAUAAAGAAAAUUAUUGAGGCAUAAGAUAAAUACAGGAAGAACAAUUCAGUUCACUUAUCUGCUACUCAUAUUGCAUAGAACAAAUCUUCACAUGGAGGAGAGAACUGGACAACCUAGAAAGAUUGAACUAAAUGAUGGCACGUACAUGCCACUGCUAGGACUUGGAACAUGGAAGCCAGAGGGCAUUAGCCCAGGUAUGUGUCAGAGGGCAGCUGAAGCAGCUAUUGCUGCUGGAUAUCGCCACAUAGACACAGCCUACAGUUAUAGGAAUGAGGUAGAGCUGGGCAAGGCCAUCGAAUCCAAGAUGCAGCAGGGCAUCAUCAGACGCCAGGAUAUGUUCAUAGUCAGUAAACUGUGGUGUACUCACCAUGCACCAGAGGACAUUCCUAUUUGCCUAAACAGAUCCCUAAAUGACCUUCAGCUGGAGUACCUUGACCUCUACCUAGUGCACUUUCCAGUAGGACUAAAGAAAAUGGGCGAUGAGCUUUUCCCAGAAAAGGAUGGAAAGAUUCUCACAAGUGACACUGACUAUGUGGAUGUGUGGAAGGGAAUGGAAGAUUUAAAACACUCAGGAAAGGUAAAAAGUAUUGGAGUGUCAAAUUUUUCAAUCAUGCAACUGGAGAGAUUGCUGUCUGUGGCCAAAAUCCCACCAGCUGUUAAUCAGGUGGAGCUCCAUCCUUACCUGGUUCAAACUGAUUUGAUUGAUUACUGUAAGUCCAAGAACAUUGCUCUCACAGCAUACAGUCCAUUUGGCUCACCUGGGAGACCUGCACAAUACCAAAGAGGAGACACAGAUCCCAUGAAGUUACUGGAGGAUCCUGUGGUUGGGGAUGUAGCCAAGAAGCACAGACGGACCCCGGCACAGGUUUUAUUGAGAUAUCACAUUCAGCAAGGCAUUGCAGUGAUCCCGAAGAGUACAAAACCCCACCACAUAUUGGAGAACACAAAGAUCUUUGAUUUCACUCUGGAUGAAGAGGACAUGAAUGCUCUUAACUCUCUGAAUCGUGACUGGAAAGCCUGUAUCAUAACACAACUGGAAUCCCAUCCCUUCUACCCCUUCAAGUAAAGUGAUAGCCUUGGAUAUUUCCCAUCAAGAAAAAAUGACCAAGCACAUCAGGAUGUUGGAGUAAAGACAUUAGUUUGAUUUUUAGGUUCAGCUCUUCAUAUGUACAUUGCUAAACUGAAAUUAGGCACUGACAUUUGUAAUGAUUAAAUUAUAUUCUAAAUACAUGCACAGCUCUUACUGUAACUACAUUAAAGGAAUAGUUCACCCAAAAAUUCUCAUUUUAAUUUAAAGGGAUAAGUCAUCCAAAAAUUUAAAUUGCCAUUAUUUACUCACCCUCAUAUUGUUUUAACCUGUUGAACUUUCAUCUGUGGAAAACAAAAGGAGAUGUUAAGCAGAAUGUUAGCCUCAGUCAUCAUUUACUCAUUGUGUGGAAACAUGAAUGAGGCUAACUUUGUCUAUUAUCUCCUUUUUUGUUCCAUUGGAACACAGGAGUCACACAGGAACAACACGAGGGUGAGUAAAAGUCAGAAAUUUCAUUUUUGGUUCAACUAUCCUUUUGAGGCAUUACAGAAUACUUAAGACACCAUCUAGAAAAACACUAGAACUAGUCAUGUAAAAUGGUCACUUCAGUUUUAAUUGUAACGCAGAAGGACUGAUCCUUCAGCAGGUCACAGGACCUUCUGAAAACUCCAGAAAGGUUGUACCAAAUGGUGAACAAACUACACUGUUAGUCUGGGCUUUUAAACUUAUAUUAAACUGGUCUAACGGACCUCACAGUA